CCAGGAUAGAGUUGCCGACAUAAUCGUAAAAGUGAAUUAAAAAUUAAAUUAUUAUGAAUCUACGCUUUUAAGUUGGUUUUUAAAACCACUCUUAUUAUUUUGCUAACCAACGAAGUGUUGUUCGCGAUUUUGGUGUUCGCAAUUUGGUCUUCCGCAGGAGGAAUUUUGCAAAAGUCAAAGUGGGCGUCGCCUGCUGUUGUGCUAGGGUCUUUGACAGGUAGUACGAAACUCGAUGUCUCAAACUGGGACACACCGGCAAGCCUUAUCACUCACGAGGGAGACGCAGACAUAAAUAACAAGAGAGUGACGAGAGCCUUCUGACGCCGGUCCAAGAAAAAAGUCUGCCUCGUCGCGAGGGUCUAAAAAUAAACUGGCCUGCAUCGUCCGAAAAUAGCGCGAGUUGUUAGUCGAUGGAAGGCUUUGUGAGAAGCACAAGGAUCAGUGCGAGAAGAUGACUCACAGCGGAGCUUCGGUGCCCGUGACCCGGUCGUCGGUCAGGAGCCGAUCCUCUGGAGGCAGUAGCUCGGAAAUCGACCCCAGGGAGAAGGUGAAGGCAUGUUGCCGCAAGUUGGUCGAGUUCAUGUUCACGCAGGUCGGAGUGGGCGGCCUGGUCGUCUGCUACGCCAUCGUCGGCGCGUUCGGCUUCAUCCACAUCGAGACGGCGGUGGACCCAAAAUUUGAGGUUGACUGGGCCAAGGCCCUCACCACGCCGGACAACAACCUGAAGGGCGCGUGGAUCCAACUGGCGGCAGUCGAGAGGCUCACCACCCUGACGGCCGCUCGUCUUUGGGACUUCACUAGUUCGGAAAAUGUGUUCAACGCCACCACUUGGAAGGCCACCACGGACAUGAUUUUGCACGACUUCCAGGAUGGAAUUGUGGAGUCGGUGAAGAAAGGCUACGACGGUCGAAAGCCGCUGGACGCCUGGUCCUUCCCAGCAGCGCUCAUGUUUUGCCUCAGCAUCUUUACGAUGAUCGGAUAUGGAAACAUGGUGCCCAGGACAACAUGGGGCAAAGUCGCCACCAUCUUGUAUGCCGUAUUUGGGAUCCCUGUCUACAUUCUUUACUUCAUGAACAUGGGAAAAGUUUUUGCCAACUGCUUUAGGUGGAUCUACCGGACCAUUUACGAGUGCACCACUAAAAAGCCGAGCAUCAAAGUGAUCGAGCUGGAGAAUGGCGACACAGUGGCGCACCCGAGGGUCAUUGUCCCGACCACUGCUUGCCUCUGGGUCAUCUCUGGAUACGUCUUAGGUGGCACAAUAAUGUUUGCUGAAUGGGAAGGCUGGGAGUACCUGGACUCGGCAUACUUCUGUGUCACAUCCCUGUGCAAAAUUGGUAUUGGUGAUUUCGUUCCUGGUGCGAACAUCCUCGAGUCGCGCUCCGGCAACCAAACCAAGUUGGUCAUCAACUUUGUGUACCUGCUGCUCGGCAUGGGCCUGAUUGCAAUGUGCUAUAAUCUUAUGAGGGAGGAGGUCAAGGUCAAGAUGCAGGAGUUGAAGAGGGACAUGCGCAAGUGGCUCGAUGGCCUUCGGAUACAGUCCUGCUACGGGAAAAAGAAGUCCAAGAGAUAUCACUGAAUUUAACU